AUGAAUGUGAAUCGGACAGAAACAAAGUUUGAUGUGAUAAUUCUUACGUAAGUCAUUACAGAUGAUUUAAUUGAUCAAAUUAAGAUACGUAAAAGUUGAAAGAAACGUAAUUGAAUGAAGUAUAUCUUGGUAAAUUUAAAUCACACAAAUUAUUAUUCAAUGAAGUAGAAAUUAAGUUGAAAGUAGGAAAAUAGAGUUCCGGCAUCGCGGCAGCAAUGCAUUGACAAUGCACUAGAAUCUUGAGCGUUCGAGAGGAUCGUCGUGUAGUGUCCAUGGCCUUGAAGGCUCUCCUUGGACAAGGACAACGUGGGCAAUCUCUAGAUCUCCUUGCAAAGUCUAGAGAUCAAAGAAAUGAGUUGUCGAAUCAUCUUUAGUGAUUGUCACCUGGCGGAGUAAAAAAGUAGUGACUUUGCAGCUCUCUGACGGCUAUCACUCAACAAAAAAGAGCUGAAUGGAGGUGGGGUGCGUGUUAGGAAGCUUCAUCCUCAGAUCCACGUAGCAAUAGAAGGCUCUUCAUCCCAUCCGGUAUGCUCUCAAGAGGUGGCGACUCAUCUCUCGACGAAUCGUCUUCUUCUCGACGACAGCUUGUUCGUCGAUCAAUCAAAGAUGAUUUACUCAAUAGAUUCGCAAUCCUUUUAUCACGAAUCAUUUAGUAAUUUUAAUAACAAUGCUCUGCGAAUCAUAUUGAAGAGAUUUUUACCGAUGAUUUAGCAAUUUUGAUAGCUUAAUCCUUCACCGACAAUCUGUAGGAAAGUCGCGAUAAUCAGAUAAAAAUAUGAGUUUUGGCUCUAGGAGGAUUUGAACCCACGCUAGUUGCCCGCCUUUGAAGCCUUUUGGAGGAAGUCAAGUUUAGUCCCACAUCACUUGUGCGCUGAAAUUUUGGGCAAAUAUAUAAUAAUAUCACAUUUACAAGUAAUGAGUCAUUUUCUCCUACAUGUACAACCACUCCUUGCUUCAUAGCCAGCUGGCCACCGGUGACAUAGAAAGGGAGUGGUGCACACAUGCCCCCAUCAGUCCUAGCCACUCGAGCCCCUACUCGCAGCUCCCCUCGACUGCGCUUCUGACCUGCUUGCGGGCUCGGCUGGCCAAUAGGUCCCCCCUUUUUGCUAUAUUUUAAUUUUAAUUUUUUUUUCUUCAUUUAUCUCAAAAAUAGGAUUAUAAAAAUCAUAUAAAUUCAUAAAAAAUUACAUAAUUAGCCAAAAAUUCACAUGAAUCAAUUGAAAACCACUUUUCACAAUUUAACACAAAUAUAAGUCUAUUUAUUAUGAGUUAAGACUAAAACUAUAUUAUUUACUAAUUAUUAACUUAUGAUAAUAAAAACUUAUUAGAGGGAUAAAAAGAAAUAGGAUGAUAAUAAAGAAAGAAACUAUUAUUCUCAGAUGAAUGUGUGCUCAAAAAUUCAGACACAUAACAUGAGAUCAAUUGUGAAUGUCUCCAUAUUAUUUUAACAAUUGAAUAAUCAUUAAGCAGCCUUUAAUCUCACUGAUUUUAUAUUAAAAAAAAUAUAUCUAUUAUUUGCAGAACAAUGGGAACAUGAGUACGUUGAGAUUUGAAUACAAAAAUCAAUAGAAAACUAGUUGAAAACAAUCUUAGCUUGAUCUCAAACAAGUUUUGGAGGAUUUAGAACAAGAAUAAAGAUCAUUCAUUAAGUUUUAAAUUAGUUCUACUCAUUUCAAUUGAAACAUACAUGAAACAAAAAUAACUUAUCAUAAAAUAUAAUAAAUGACAAAAGCAAGUAAGUAAAUACUGAAAGUAAGAAAUAAAUCAUUGCUCAAUUUUAGUCUGUCUCUUGGGAAACUAGAGACACUGAUGUAGUGGCUUAGUUUUGUCUAGACGUGCAACACCAUGCUAGAUGUCGUAGAAGUAUUGUCUAGAAGAGUUGCGUCACUUAUCGGAAAGAUCCAUUGAAAGAGGGGUCGACCACACUUCACCAUCAUCUAGGGGGAGAAGGGAAGAGUUGACCACUCAUAGGAGGCCUCAAGUGUAGUCAAGGGAGGAAGGAAUGAACUUGCCAAUUUUCACAGAUCUUGAUCACGCAAAAAGGAGGGAAGAAUGGAUUGUCGUAUUCAUCACUAUCAUUAGGAUUUUAAAGAUAAUAAAAAAUAUCUAUUUUACUAAAUAAUAAUUAAUUAUUAUCUUUAUAUCCCUAGUGAUGAUACGUGCCAAAACUUAAGUUUACGGUAUCGUGGUGCUUUGCAAGCCAUUAGAUCAGAUGUGCUUGGUCACGUGGCACACCAAUCAACCCAGGAUCAACCUGCCACAAACUACUGCCGACCGAGAACUUAAGUCCCUAGCACUGUGGCACCUCCUUAACUAUCAGAUCACCAUUUAAGGCCACGUGCAUGCUGAGCGGCAUUGGAUUCAUGAACUACCAAUGGAUUACUUUAUGCAUCUGGUAUUGUAGCAUCUUGUCCACUGCAAAAUCCGGCUUAUCUAUUGACGUGGCUCGUUAAAUACCAUUAGAUCACACCGCAGUUCAAAUGGCCACCUUGAGACACACAAAAACAUUUAGUCUGACAUUGAAAAUAUUUCAAUACAUGAGCUGAAUAUAAAUCAAAGUUACUAUCUCUCAUCAAAGAUUCCUUCUCCAGAAAUAAAAUAAUGUCUAGGACCAUCUUGAGAGAAGGCAAAAAAGUGGUCCACUCUCAUGCAUACACAUGUGUACGACGCUCCUUGCUCCAUGACUAGUUGGCCAUUGAGAUGUGGUAGGGGAGUGAUGUACACAUGUGCAAAGCAAGUCCUUUGCCACUCUAGCCCAGCUUGUGACUCCCCUAGUCUGGGUCUACCCACUCAACCACAACGCCCCUCUUAGUCAAUUGCCUAAUGCUGGUUUACUAGUAAGUAGAAUAUUUUUAUAUUUUAUUAUUUUAUAUUUUUAAAUAAUCUAAAAUUAUGCUAAGUAAUUUAACUUUAGACUUUUAAAAUUAACAAUAUAUCCUAUAUUUAUUCUAUAAGAUAAAUAAAAUAAAAUAAAAUAAUAAAACUAACUAAAACAAAAAAAUCUAGCUUUAACAAAGAUAGUGUGGUGAGAGUCAAUGUAGUAAGAGAUAAUACCACGAGAUACUUUGAGAGGCAGUGCAGUAGGAAAUAAGACUAUGAUAUAACAUGAUAUAUUGAGAUAUACUAUGAGACACAGCGAGAUAGCGCGACAGUAAGGGCUGCAGUAGGAGGGGCUGCAAUAAUAGGUGCCAUGACAGCAAGGGUCGCAACGACAGGGGGGCCACAAUGGCAAGGGACUGUGGUGAUAGGGGCCACAAUAGGAAGGAGGAGGGGUGCAAUGGUAGGGGCCACAGUGGUAGGGUAGGCGCUGGCGCACUGGUUGCGCACAAUGCAGCAGGACAAUUGCACAAAGAGAGAGGACAGCACAUAGAGGAUGCAGCGGCAGCGACACAAUGGCAACAUCAAGUGCAACGGCAGCAACACGAUGGUAACGGUAGUGGCUAGAAAGAAUCCUAGGGCUCUAAUACCAUGUUGAUAAGGAGUUAAACCCUAAGAUUAUAUUAACACUAAAUGAAGAGAUAAAUGUAUUUAUAUAAGUGGGAGAAGAGAGAGAUAUUAUGGGCCUAAAUAGGCCAUGUAGAAGAGGAUUGACGUGACUCAGUUGUUGUAUAUUAAAUCAUGCAAAUCUAAAAUUUAUAAAACUAGAAAAUACGAAUUUUCGAAUAUUAAGAAGUAUUUCUGAACAAAUAUAUCAAUUAUAAUUUAAUUAAACUUCCAAAAAUAGCAGUAAUUUUCGAAGUCAAUCACAAGGAUGUAAUAUAAUAUCUGGUAAUUAUUCAGAAUUUUUCUCAAGGAAUACUAUUUUCUAUGAAUUUUAUACUAGGAAAUGAAAAAGAAAUAUAUUUAAAAUUCACGAAAAAAGGAAAUAAGGGUGCGGACGUCAGGAUGACGUCAACGCCUGGCAAACGCGAAUUGGGAGAAAACAGAGUUCUGCCCGGUGAUUCUUACGUAAGCGAUUACAGACGAUUUAAUUGAUCAAAUUAAGAUCUGUAAAAGCCGGAAGAAUCAUAAGUGAACGAAGUAUAUUUUGGUAAAUUUAAAUCACAGAAAUUAUCACUAAAUGAAGCAUAAAGUAAGUUAAAAGUAGGAAAACAGAGUUUCGGCGUCACGGCGGUGAUGUGUCAGCGAUGCACCAGAAUACUGAGCAUUCGGGAGGAUCGUCAUGUAGUGUCAAUGGCCUCGAAGGCUCUCCUUGGAUAAGGACAACGUGGGCAAUCUUUAGAUCUCCUUGUGAAGUCUAGAGAUCAAUGAAAUGGGUCGUCAAAUCGUCUCCGGCGGCUGUCACCUGGCAAAGCGAAAAAACGGCGACUUUGCGGCUCUUCGACGGCUGUCACCCGAUGGAGAGGAGCUAGAUGGAGGUGGGGCACGUGUCAAGGAGCUUCAUCCUCAGGUCUGCGCAGCAAGAGGAGGCUCUUCAUCACAUUUGGUACGCUCUCAGGAGGUGGCGACUCGUCUCCCGGCGGAUCGUCUUCUUCCCGACGACGGCUUGUUUGUCGAUCAAUCGGAGAUGAUUUACUCGAUGGAUUCGCGAUCCUUUUAUCGCGAAUCCUUCAGCAAUUUUAGUAAGAAUGCUCCGCGAAUUGUGUUGAUGAGAUUUUCGCUGAUGAUCCAGCGAUUCUGGUUGCUUAAUCUUUCACCGGCGAUCUGUAGGAAAGUCGCGGUAAUUAGAUAAAAAUAUGAGUUUUGGCUCUAGGAGGAUUCGAACCCGCACUGGUUGCCUCGCCUCUUCUGAGGAAGGUGACAGGUUUUCUCCCACAUCGGUUGUGCACCGAAUUUUUGGGUGAAUAUAUAGUAAUGUUACAUUUCUAAGCAAAGUCUCUUUCUCGUGCUUGUACGACCACUCCUUGCCCCACAACCGACUGGCCACCGGUGACGUGAAAGGGGAGUGGCGCACAUGUGCCCCCAUUGGUUCAAGCCGCUCGAGCCCCUACUCGCAGCUACUCCCCGACUGCACUUCCGACCCGCUUGCUGGCCCGGCUGGCCGAUGGGUCCCCUGGAUUUUGCUAUAUUUUUAUUUUUAUUUCUUUUUUAUUUAUCUCAAAAGUAAGACUGUAAAAAUCGUAUAAAAUCACAUAAUUACCUAAAAAAUCACGUUAAUCAACUGAAAACCACUUUUCACACUUUAACACAAAUAUAAGUCUAUUUAUCAUGAGUUAAGGCUAAAACUAUAUUAUUUACUAAUUAUUAACUCAUGAUAAUGAAGACUUAUCACACCCCCCAACUUAAAUCAAGUGGCCUAACACCUUUAUCUUAGCCUUGUCCACCUCAAGGCCUUUGUUAGAUACUAAGUGGCCUAACACCACUCCCUCUUGUACCAUGAAAUACAACUUCUCCUAAUUGAGAACUAACUUCUUCCUAACACAAAUCUCUAAAAUUUUGAUCAGGUGGGUGAGACAAUCAUCAAAAGUUUGUCCAAACACUAAAAAAUCAUCCAUGAAGACCUCCAUACCAUUAUGAAUAAAAUCCAAGAAGAUGGCACUCAUACAUCUCUGAAAAGUUACCGAGGAAUUGCAUAGCCCAAAUAGCAUCCGUCUAAAAGAAAAUGUGCCAAAUGGACAUAUAGAUGUGAUAUUCUCUUGAUCUUCAUGGCAUAUAACGAUUUGAUCAUACCCAUAAUAGCCAUCUACGAAGCAAAAGCACUUUUGACCAGCCAAUCUCUCUAGGAUCUGGUCAAUGAAUGGAAGGGGAAAGUGACAAGUUAGAUUUCUUACAGGUGUCAUUAGUCCUAAUCUCUUCGAUCAAAAAUAUUAUCAGUUAUGUUUUAAUUUGAUUCACGAAAUACUCGUAGAUAGCAGCGAGUCAGGUUGUCUCCUCAAGGAAUUUGAGGCUUACCGUUUAAUGCUCGUUCGAAUGAAGGAUAGAAUGGAAAAGAAAAUGAGGGGUCGUGGACUGGAAAGAGAGAAGAAGAGGGAAUGAUGAAUCCAGAUCCGAUUUCUCAGAUCUAGUCAGCAUAAGAAUGGCAAUCAAUUGUUCGUGACUUUUAUUCAUAAAUUUUGAACUCUAAUCUAACUAAAUGGAACCUUCUUCAUCUCAAAACUAACCUAGUAUCACCAUUCCUUCUUUCUUACUUCCGCCAAGAAGUGUUCACUCGAAGUAGUGGGAGAGACCUCAUCUAGAUGAGAUGAGGGGCACUCCAUAUUGACACACCUACAUUCACACAAUGCAAAGCUUGGAAAACCCUAAACCCUCUAGGUUGGCUGAAUCAUUGAAGGCCUCCUUAAUCAAAACCUAUUCAUGACAUAAGUUUUUCUCAAAUGUAUACGGCGGUGUUCCCUCUCUCUCCUUUCUCACUCGCCUCUCACACGCACAUGAGAAAUUGCUUAAAGGUUCUGGUGGCUUCUUCUCCCGCAAGGCCAUAGUCCAUCGAAUCAGUGGACUCCCUUCUCAUGAGCUCUCUCCUAAGCCAUCAGAUCCUUCUCCAACUAAAAGGCUGCCUCCUCACUCCCGUGAGUGAUGGUUGGGCUGUUGUAUCAUAGCCAUUGAUGAAGCGGCUACAACUGAGGCAUAAAUUCCUAAACUUGUUGGAAAAUAGUUAGAAAAUCACAAAAGCAUAUUCAAUGUCUAAAAUAAUCUGGUUUAAUCAGACACCCAAAUGUGUAUGAGGAGAUUAAUCUCAUAAAAUUCUAAGAAAUAUUUAAAAUAUUACUAUAUCUUGAAACAUGUUAAAAAUCAUAUUUAUUAAUGUAAACAACACAUUAUAAUAUCAUAGAAAUGUAAAAUUAACCAAGAUAAGAUGUAUUCCAGCACAUUAUUCAUGUACUAACAAAAAGCAAUCCUUAUUAGUAGAAGAAUUCAAUUUUCUAUAAUCAGUACACACUCACUAUAAUUCCCAACUUCUUAUGUACAACAUGGAUUGGGCUAACCCAAGGACUAUUAGAUAUGAGGUAUCUAAUAUGUGCAUUUGAGUACUUCAAGAUCUCUUCUCUUACAAUAUCCCCCAUACCUUUUAAAUUAGUUUUCUCUAGGCUUCUCUAACAAGUCUAGCAUUCUCCUCAAGAUAAAUUUUGUGCAUACACACAAAUAGAUCAAGUCUUCAAAUAUCUGCUAGAGAUCAACCAAUCACCUCCUUAUUUGCCCUAAGCAUAUUAGGCAAUUUAUUCUCUUGAUCCUAAGUCAAAUACGAUGAUAUAUCACUGCAUAUGUGACAUGACCUAGUCAUUAUGUAAUAAAUCAUGUAAAUUUAAAUGUUUAUCAAACUAAAAAAUAUCAAUUUUUGGAUAUUUAGAAGUAUUUAUGAUCAAAUAUAUCAAUUAUAAUUCAAUGAAAGUUUAAAAAAUAGUAUGAUUUUUUUAUGUCAAUCAUAGGGAUCUAAUAUAAUAUUGGGUAAUAUUUCAAAACUAAUUGCAAAGAAUAUGAUUUUUUAUGAGUUUUAGACUAAGCAAUGAAAAUAAAAUACAUUUAAAAUUUACAAAAAAGAAAAUAAGUGUGCAAGCAUUAGGAUUACGUUAGCCCCCUAAUAAACUAAAAUAGGUAGAAGUAAAGUUUCACCUAAUGAUUCUUACAUAAGUGAUUAUAGACAAUUUAAUUGAUCAAAUUAAGAUCUAUAAAAGCCAAAAAAAUAAUAAUUUAAUGAGGAAGAAUUUUGAAAUUUUAAAUCACACAAAGUAUCACUAAAUUAAGUAAAAAAUAAUUUUAAAGUAGGGAAGGUAAAGUUUAGACCUUGCAAUAAUGAUAACUAGAAUUUUGUUUGUUCGAGAUAAUUAUUAUGUGAUAUCCAUAACUUAAGGGCUCUUUUUGGACAUAGACAACUUAAGAAUUGACGUGACUUAGUCAUUAUAUAAUAAAUCACCUAAAUUUAAAAUUUAUAAAACUCAAAAAUACUAAUUUUUAUAUUUUUAGAUAUAUUUAAAAAAAAUUAUAAUUUAAUAAAAGGUUCUAAAAAUAAUGAAGAAUUUCCAAGUCAAUCACAAAGAUCAAAGAUAAUAUCAAAUAAUUUUUUAGAAUUUUCUUUAAAUACUAUUUUUUUCUAAAUUUUAGACUAAAUAAUGAAUAUAAAAUAUAUUUUAAAAUUCAUGAAAAAGGAAAAGAAGGGUGCUGAUGUCAAGAUGAUGUUAGUGCGUUCAAAAACAUGAUUCUUAGAUAAGUAAUUACAAAUGAUUUAAUAGAUCAAAUUAGGAUAUAUACAAGUCAAAAUAAUUGUAAUUGAAUAAAGAAGGUUUUAGAAAUUUGAAAUCACAUAUAGUAUUACUAAAUUAAGUAAAAAUUUAGUUGAAAGUAGGAAAGGUAAAGUUCCAGUCUCGCGAUAGUGAUUGCUAUAAUUUUGUAUGUUCGGGAUGGUUAUCGAGUAAUGUUCAUAGCCUCAAGGGCUCUUUUUGGACAUGAACAACUUAGGCAUUUACUGAAUCUUUUUUCAAAGUCUAGAAAAUAAUGGUGGAAGCUAAACUAAUUAGAAGUUAACGAGACAGAGUUCUAGUGUUGCGUCGGCGAUGUGUUAGAAUCUUGAGCAUUUAGAAGAAUUUUCUUGUCAUAUCUAUGACCUCAAAAGCUUUUUUUUAAUAAAGACAAUAUGGACAAUCUCUUGAUCUUUUUAUGAAGUGUAAAAAUCAAUCAAGUAGGUCAUCAAAUCUUCUUCGACGAAGUAGAAAAAUAGCAACUUUUCAGCUCUUCAAUAGUUAUUACUCGACAUAUAUGAGCUAGAUGAAGGUGGGACAUGUCUUAGAUAACUUCAUCUUCAAGCCUGCACAACGAGAGGAGGCUCUUUAUCCCAUCUGGUACACUCUUAGGAGGUGGCAACUCAUCUCCUAG